AUGUGGAGCGGAACAGACGAGAUCCCAACGCCGCUUUUCCCACAGGUCUGGAAAGUCCGGCAUCACGUCACACCACAUGGCAGCAUCACACCACAUCGCCACGCUGCAUCACCACACAGCAGCAUCACGCCAUACCGCCACACUGCACCACAACGCAGCAGCAUCACGCCACAUCGCAGCAUCACGCCACAUCACCACGUGGCAGCAUCACACCACAUCGCCACACUGAAUCAGCACGCAGCAGCAUCACGCCACAUCACCACGUGGCAGCAUCACACCACAUCACCACACUGCAUCAGCACGCAGCAGCAUCCCGCCACAUCGCAGCAUCACGCCACAUCACCACAUGGCAGCAUCACACUAGAGGUCUGCGCGGCAGCACGCCACAUCGCCACGCUGCAGCAUCACGCCACAUCACUACACGGUAGCAUCAUGCCACAUCGCCACACUACAUCACCACGGAGCAGCAUCACGCCACAUCGCCACGCUGCAGAUUCACGCAACAUCACUACACGGCAGCAUCACGCCGCAUCACCACAACACAUCACCAACCGGCAGCAUCACGCCAAAUCGCCACACUGCACCACCACACCACAUCACCACCCGGCAGCGUUAGGCCACAUCACCAACCGACAGCAUCACGCCAAAUCACCACCCGACAGCAUCACGCCACAUCACCACUCGACAGCAUCACGCCACAUCACCACGUGGCAGCAUCACGCCACAUCAACAGGUGGCAGCAUCAAAUGGCAGAUUCAUACCACAUCGCCACACUGCAUCACCACACCACAUAAAUACGUGGCAGCAUCACGCCACAUCGCCACACUGCAUCACCACACCACAUCACCACGCGGCAGCAUCACACGGCAGCAUCACGCCACAUUGCCACACUACAUCACCAUGCAAAAUCACCACACCGCAUCACCACGCCACAUCACCAGGCGGCAGGAUCACGCCACAUCAGCACACUGCAUCACCACCCGGCAGCAUCACGCCACAUUGCCACACUGCAUCAGCACGCAGCAGCAUCACUGCACAUAG